AUGUCGAAAGAUAUUGCUUCCAUAAGAGAAAUACAACACAACCGACAACUCAUUAUGCAAGCUCUAAAUAAGAACACAACAAACUUUUCAAACUAUUCUAAGAUAUCUGAGUCAUUGAAGGAUGGAAACUUAAAACUGACAUUAAACCCAAUGACAGAUGAGUUUCUGUUUCAAGACAAGAAGAACAAUACUGUCUGUAUAAAUCCAACAAAAGGAACUUUAAACGAGAAACCUAUAAAUGAACUUCUUUUGAAAGCAGAUGUUGACAACAAAGCUGACAAAGAAUAUGUAGACGAUGCAAUAGCAAAAGAAGAAGAAAGAGCUAACAAUGCUUAUGCAACAAAAGAACAUACUCAUCCUGAACUAGCAGACAAAACAUAUGUUGACAAUAAAAUGUCAAGUGAAGUGACAAGAGCUGAAAACGAAUAUUCUAAAAAGACUCAUAUACAUUAUAUUAACCAAAUACCAAGUCUUAAGGAAACAUUAGAGACAAAAGCAGAUAAGACUCAUACACAUUCUAUAUCUGAUAUUACAAACUUACAAGAAACCUUAAACAGGAAAAGUGCCGUUGGACAUACACAUACAUCUUCUGAAAUAACAGACUUAGACGUUAGCCUUGAAAAUAAAGCAGAUAAAACAUAUGUCAAUGAAAUAUACCAAAGUUUGCUAGGAACAAAAAAUAUUGAAACUAUUGUUGGUGACUUUUCUGUCAAUGAAGAAAAUAAAUAUUUUAGAUGGCAGUUGGUACAGUCCUUAGAAAAUGGUACACGGUAUAAACUCAUUCCGAAAAAUAACAAUGAAAUGUAUGUAAGCUAUAAAAAGAAUGAUGGUACACAAGUUAAAGUUCCAUUAGACAACAACUGCUACUUAAACUUA